AUGGCGGAUUCUAGGGCUUUCAGUCGCCCCACCCGAUUGCAAGCCGGUAUUAUCUCUAGAAUUCGACUAGAAAACUUCAUGUGUCACAGCAACCUCGAAAUUGAGUUUGGCGAUUGGGUCAAUUUCAUCACCGGCCAAAAUGGGAGUGGGAAGAGUGCUAUACUUACGGCACUAUGUGUGGCAUUUGGGAGCCGAGCUCGUGGCACUCAGAGAGCGAAUUCGCUGAAGGAUUUUAUAAAGACGGGCUGCAGCUCUGCGCUUGUUCAAGUUGGGAUAAAAAAUCACGGGGAAGAUGCUUUCAAGCCAGAGACAUAUGGAGAUGCCAUAAUUGUAGAGCGUAGAAUUUCAGAAUCAACCAGUUCCAUCACAUUAAAAAAUUGGCAAGGAAAGAAGGUGGGUAGUCGGAAAGAGGAUCUUCGCGAGGUUAUAGAACAUUUCAACAUUGAUGUUGAAAAUCCAUGCGUGAUAUUGAGUCAAGACAAAAGCAGAGAAUUUUUGCAUUCCGGGAAUGCAAAAGAUAAGUUCAAGUUCUUUUUCAAGGCAACGCUUCUUCAACAAGUAGAUGAUCUAUUGAAAGGUAUUGAAAAUCAACUAAAUGGUGCAACUGAACUGGUUGAUAAUCUGGAAAAGUCACUGAGACCAAUAUUGAAGGAACUUGAUGAGCUGCAAGAAAAGAUAAAAAACAUGGAAUUUGUGGAAGAAAUAUCACAACAGGUGCAGUUGUUGAAGAAGAAACUGGCUUGGUCAUGGGUAUAUGAUUCAGACAGGAAAUUUGAUGUGCAAAAUAAAUUGAUUGAAAAGCUGAAAGGACGGAUACCCACUUGUCAAGCACGAAUUGAUCAGCAGCAUCGCAAGAUGGAGGAAUUGAGUGAUCAAUUGACAAAGAAGAAAAGCCAAAUAGCAAAUAUGAUGGAAAGGACAUCUGAAGUGAGGAGACUGAAGGAGGAUUUGCAGCAUAGUCUUUCGAUGGCCACAAAGGAGAGGCUUGAACUUGAAGGUGAACGGGAUCGCAAGACUAGCAAUAUUCAGAAAAUGGUUCAACAGGUCAAAUUGCUUGAGCAACAGAUUAAUGAUAUUCAUGAGCAACAUAUUCAAAAUACACAGGCUGAAGAAAAUGAGAUGGAGGAAAAGCUUAAGGAACUUCAAGUUGAAGUUGACGAAGCUAAUGCUAUAUGUCAGAGAUUGAAGGACGAAGAGGAUGCAUUGACAGAACGUUUAACAAUGGCAAAAGAUGAAAUUAGAAAAAUUGCAUCUCAGAUUGAAGAUACUGAAAAAAGGCAUCAUGAAAUUUCUUCUCACAUUCGUGAGCUCCAAAUGCACCAAACAAACCAGGUCACAGCUUUUGGAGGCGGUAGAGUGAUCAGUCUUUUGCAAGCGAUUGAGCGACAUCAACAUAGAUUUAAGAGGCCACCUAUUGGUCCCAUAGGUGCCCAUGUGAACUUGGAACAUGGUGAUAUGUGGUCUACUGCUAUUGAAAAUGCAGUUGGCAGGUUGCUUAAUGCUUUCGUUGUUACAGAUCAUAAAGAUUCCCUUGUUUUACGAGCAUGUGCUAGGGAAGCAAAUUAUAACCACCUUCAGAUUAUCAUAUAUGAAUUUUCCAGACCAAGGUUGAACAUUCCGACUCACAUGCUUCCCCAGACUAAUCACCCAACUGUAUUCUCCAUUAUCCGAUCGGACAAUCCUACAGUGCUGAAUGUUUUGGUUGAUGUGGGUAAUGCUGAGAGGCUAGUUCUUGUUAGAGAUUAUGAUAUUGGCAAAACAGUUGCUUUUGAUCAAAGGAUAUCAAAUCUGAAGGAGGUUUACACUUCUGAUGGCUACAAGAUGUAA